ACCAGUUGGUGAAUUCCAAAGCCAUAGCUUAGGGUUCCACUCCAACCCCUGAAACCCUAACCCAUUGACGCCAUGGAUCUUCGCCUUCUCCCUCUCCUCCUCUUCCUCCUCGUCUCCUCCGCCUCGGCUGCUGACCUUGAAGAUCCCCUUAUCCAGCAGGUCGUACCCGGCGUCGGAGAAGACCUCCUCAACGCUGAAGCUCACUUCUCCAGCUUCAUCCAGAGGUUUGGCAAGAGCUAUGCUGAUGAGAAGGAGCAUGCUCAUCGGUUCUCCGUUUUCAAGGCUAAUCUCCGCCGUGCGAGAAGGCAUCAGAGGCUUGACCCCACUGCUGUCCAUGGCGUCACCCAGUUCUCUGAUCUGACCCCUUCUGAGUUCCGCCGCCAGUACCUUGGCCUCCGUCGCCCGUAUUUGUCGUCGUCCCAUGAGGCCCCGAUUCUCCCCACCGGUGAUCUCCCACCUGAUUUUGAUUGGAGGGAUCAUGGUGCUGUUACCGGCGUGAAAAACCAGGGCUCUUGCGGAUCGUGCUGGUCUUUCAGCGCUGCUGCUGCUCUUGAAGGUGCUAACUUUUUGGCUACUGGUAAUCUUGAAAGCCUCAGCGAGCAGCAGCUUGUCGAUUGUGACCAUGAGUGUGAUCUAGAAGAUCCUGAUUCAUGUGACUCAGGGUGCAAUGGUGGUUUGAUGACAACUGCUUUUCAGUAUUUACUUAAAGCUGGAGGGCUUGAGCGGGAGGCAGACUACCCUUAUACUGGUGCUGACCGUGGUGGCUGCAAAUUUGAUAAAUCUAAGAUUGCUGCUUCAGUUCUGAAUUUCUCUGUUGUCUCAAUUGAUGAGGAUCAAAUUGCUGCCAAUCUUGUGAAGCAUGGCCCUCUUGCUGUUGGGAUCAAUGCUAUCUUCAUGCAGACAUAUGUUGGGGGUGUCUCCUGCCCAUACAUAUGUGGAAGACAUUUGGAUCAUGGAGUGCUCUUGGUCGGGUAUGGUGCUGCGGGCUAUUCUCCGAUCCGCUUCAAGGAAAAGCCAUACUGGAUCAUCAAGAACUCUUGGGGCGAGAGCUGGGGAGAGAAUGGGUACUAUAAGAUCUGCAGAGGCCGCAAUGUCUGUGGGGUGGACUCCAUGGUUUCGGCUGUGUCUGCUGUCCACACGACUCAUACUUGAUUCUUGAUGUCAUUGUUGUGUAUAUAAAAGACAUGUUACUAGUAUCGAUGCAGUAUGCUGUUUAAUACUUAUUUAGUGUGAAACAUAAUGGCCUUAAGCUAUUCAGUAUUUUAACAUUUUCAUAUAAGCAGCACUUGGUAAAGAAUUCUGCUUUUGAACAUUUGAAAUUUGAAAAUAUUGACAAAUUAUGUAGUAUGUGUUUGGUUUUA